AGCGGCAGAAGGGUCCAAGUCCAAGAGAGAGCGGAAGGAGGCAAAUUGGAGCCAAGAAAACGAAGAGCGUGUUGCAUUAAAUAACGCAAAUUUAUAUUCUUUCCAACUUGAAGCAACCAGCAACGCCUUCAGCUUCUCCAUCGACCAAAUUUGUGAAUCUCUCUCUCUCUCUCUCUCUCUCUGCAAACAAGGGAUCCUCGUGAUGAAGAGCUCUUAUAUUUCACGAGUUUCGUAUUUUACACCCAGAAUUUCAGUAACGCUUCCUCAAACCACACCCAGAUUUGAAUUUUCUCGUCCUCCUUCAAAUACCCACCAAAAUUUGGUCCUAAAUCAUGAAUCCAACUCCAAGAAUCACUGUAGAAAGUCAUGGAUUCCAACACCCAGAUGGUUUUUCUUUCCACCCUUUUCCUCUGCUUUCUUUCACUCCGAGCAAACGCUUCCACUCUUCAAACUUACCUAAUUCAACUCCACCCACAGGGCAUAACCACCUCUCUGUUCGAUUCUAAGCUUCAAUGGCACCUUUCUUUUCUUGAACAAACUCUAUCUGCUGAAGAAGACUCUUCUUCUCGCUUGCUUUACUCAUAUUCUAACGCCAUGGAAGGGUUUGCAGCUCAGUUAUCUGAAACAGAGCUGGAGUAUUUGCAGAAAUUGCCUGAUGUAGUGGCAGUAAGAGCUGACAAAAAGUAUGAAAUUCAGACAACUUACUCUCCUAAGUUCUUGGGACUCGAGGAAGGCAGACAAGGUGUUUGGUAUAAGUCUGCAAUGGGCCAGAGGGCUAUAAUUGGGGUUCUUGACACUGGAGUUUGGCCUGAGAGUCCAAGUUUUAGUGAUUCUAAAAUGCCCCCAAUUCCAAUAAAAUGGAGAGGGGCUUGCCAAGAAGGGCAGGAGUUUAAUUCCUCAAUUUGUAAUAGGAAACUCAUUGGUGCUAAGUUCUUUAUCAAAGGACAUCAUGUGGCUUCAUCGCCACCUUCUGAUAUAGUCCAGGAAUACGUCUCCCCGAGGGACUCUCAUGGCCAUGGGACUCACACGUCUUCUACAGCUGCGGGAGCUUCCGUUGCAGGAGCAAGUGUGUUCGGUAAUGGAGCUGGCGUCGCACAAGGGAUGGCCCCGGGAGCCCGCAUUGCGGUGUACAAGGUUUGCUGGUUCAGUGGUUGCUAUAGCUCUGAUAUUGUAGCAGCAAUGGAUGCUGCAAUAAGGGAUGGUGUUGACAUUCUCUCCCUUUCGCUUGGCGGUUUUCCACUUCCAUUUUUCGAUGACAGCAUUGCCAUUGGCAGUUUCCGAGCAAUGCAGCAUGGCAUCUCGGUCAUUUGUGCAGCAGGAAAUAAUGGCCCAAUUCAAAGCUCUGUUGCUAAUGCUGCUCCUUGGAUCACCACCAUUGGAGCAAGCACACUCGACCGAAGAUUCCCAGCUGUAGUUCGACUGAGCACUGGAGAAGCCAUUUACGGCGAAUCAAUGUACCCCGGAAACAAGCUCAUGGAAGCUACCAAAGAGCUUGAAGUGGUUUAUCUGACCGGAGGGCAAAUGGGAGGUGAACUCUGCUUAAAAGGGUCUCUUCCACGAGAAAAAGUAGAAGGAAAAAUGGUGGUCUGUGACCGUGGCGUCAAUGGCAGAUCUGAAAAAGGGCAAAUUGUGAAGGAAUCCGGAGGCGCUGAAAUGAUCCUAGCAAACGCCGAGGUAAAUCAGGAGGAAAACUUGGUAGAUGUCCAUGUCUUGCCAGCCACAUUGAUCGGAUUUGCCGAAGCAAAUCGCUUGAAAGCUUACAUUAACACCACAAAUAACCCAAAAGCCAGAAUCCAAUUUGGAGGAACUGUGAUCGGGAGAUCAAGAGCUCCAUCUGUAGCUCGGUUUUCAUCCAGAGGACCAAGCCUCUCCAACCCUUCAACUCUCAAGCCUGAUGUAAUUGCUCCUGGGGUCAACAUCAUAGCAGCUUGGCCUCAAAAUCUUGGCCCCACUGGCCUUCCAGAAGAUACUAGAAGGUCAAACUUCACAGUCAUGUCAGGAACUUCCAUGGCUUGUCCCCAUGUCAGUGGAAUUGCAGCUCUAAUCCAUUCAGUUCACCCCAGAUGGACACCUGCAGCUAUUAAGUCGGCCAUUAUGACAACUGCUGAUGUUUCCGAUCAUUUUGGAAAGCCAAUUCUUGAUGGCAAUAAACCAGCUGGAGUUUUUGCAAUGGGAGCUGGCCAUGUAAAUCCAACAAGAGCCGUCGAUCCUGGUUUGGUAUAUGAUAUCAAGCCAUAUGAAUAUGUCAUCCAUCUCUGUGCUCUUGGAUACACUCAUUCAGAAAUCUUCAUUAUCACUCACAUGAAUGUGAGCUGCCAUGAAGUUCUCCAGAUGAACAGAGGCUUCAGCUUGAACUACCCUUCCAUGUCUGUUGUUUUCAAGCACGGGACAACGAGUAAAACAGUUUCAAGACGAWUGACGAACGUGGGGAGCCCAAAUUCCAUCUACUCGGUGGAAGUAUCGGCGCCCGAAGGAGUAAGAGUAAGAGUUAAGCCUCGUCGCUUGGUGUUCAAACAUGUGAAUCAAAGUUUGAAUUAUAGAGUAUGGUUUAUUUCUGAGAAGGGAAGAGAAGGAAGAAAAGUGAGCUUCGGAGAAGGGUAUUUGACAUGGGUUCAUUCUGAGAACGGCAAAUACCGAGUUAGAAGCCCAAUUGCAGUGACUUGGAAGAACUGAAGUCACCACCAUGAUUAGAAUGAAUGCUUGGGACUUGGGAGUGUGUUUUAUGAUUCACAAAGAUAUUGAUAUUGAGUCACAGUCAGGUUAGUUUAAUAAUCUUCACGGAUUUCUACCAUAGAUUUCUUCCUUUGAGAUUAUUUAGUGUAGAAAAAUCUGCCUUUUGUCAUCUCACAGAGGCGGAACUGGACUGAUGUACUUGUCUUCCGGUCAACAAAGAUUUCGUUUUAUAUAUCUCUUGCA